UGAUUGGUCGACGCAGCCGUCCGUCAUCUCGCUUCCUGCUUUGGUGAAAGUGAGGCAUUUUUGUGUUUUCGGAGCGAUAAAGUGUCGCACUUCACACCGAGGUGAUGACUUUGUCGGUUUGGAGGUGUUCACAUCAGAAUGUCCGGCGACUCGCAUCACAGUAGAAGAAGACGCUACCCCAAAAUGUACAUGGUCGCGUCCGACCAUAAAGUGCAGGACCACCUGGAAGGAACCAUUCGCCUGCAGCGGGGGCAGCUGUGUCAUCAGCAGGAGGGAGGGGGACACAGGAGCGCGAGAGGUGAUCAUUUGUGGGUGAAGGUGAUCGAUAAUGGCUGCGUGGUGAAGGUGGAAAGGCAGGUUCUCAAUGAAGUCCCGGCUGAUCUCGCCGGUCUGCUCGAACCCGUCCCUGACCUCGAGAUCCGCGUCAAACUGCUGUCCAGGACGCAGUUCCUGCAGCGAAUGACCGCUUUGCCGCUGGGAUCAGAGGUGCGGGUCAUAUGGAAUCGCAGCCAAUCAGAGCUCGCCGAGGCGGAGCUUCGUUACCGCGGGCCGUUGACGAGAGGAAGCUCCGCUGUUUAUUUUGGAAUUCAGCUAAAAGGAUGGGCAGCAGGUCGCGGUAAAGGCAACGGAAGCUAUAAAGGGCAUCAGUUGUUCACGUGUCCGGACGGCUGCGCCAUGUUCCUCCCGGUCAGUGACCUCACGCUCCCUCGAUCGUCCCGCGGCGGCAGCUCCGGUGACAACGACCGCCAUCCGCACCAGUCGAACCACGCGGCGUCCGCUAACGGCCAGAAUCCCGUCAACAUACUGUCACGUGCUGCGGAGUCCAGCCCCAAUCCCGGCGUGCCGCAGCCGUUCGCCGUGGGACAGAGGGUCUGUUUCACUCGGGACGAGUGCGUCCAGCGCGGGAGCGUCCAGUUCUGCGGGCCCCUGUCUCACCGCGCCCCGUCUGCAAUUUAUGUGGGAGUUUUACUGGAUCAGCCAGGAGGAUCGUGGGAUGGAUAUUAUAAAAACACCAAACUGUGCUCCAUCCCGUCGCCUGACUUUGGAGCUUUGCUUCCUCUCUCUAAAGUAACCCCAGAAUCUCGAUCUGAACGGUCUCCUCUGGCUGUGACGAGUCCCAAACCGCUUCCUCAACUGCCGCCGCUGCCCGUCUCCAAUAAAGCCGCCCUUCAGCCUCCGUCACCCAGCAAAGACCCGUCACAGCCCACGACGACGCCCGCGAACCGGCCGCUCAUCCAGCCGUCCAUGCUGGUGACAGCUAAAAAAGCCCUCCAGCCUCCGUCCUCCUCCGUCCCUAAAGCCGCUCUAAAACCUCCUCCGCUCAAUACACCCAAACCUGCUCUGCUGCCUCCCGUGGUCCUGCCCAACAAACCACAGGCCCCGCCCAUGUCCCCGCCCAUCGACCAGUCCCGCUCCUCCAACGGAUUCCACAACCUCCUGUCUCCAGCGGUCGCUGAGCAGAAGGCGGAGUUUAGCACGUGGUUGGAGGUGGGAUCCAUGGUGGAGGUGAACGACCCGCCCCUUUUCGGAGUCAUUCGCUGGAUUGGACAAAUCAACAACAUCCCGGAACCGGUCGCUGGAAUCGAGCUGGAUCAGGAGUUGUCCGCCGCCACGGAUGGCAGUUAUCUGGGUGAACGUCACUUCCGCUGUCCCGCUAACAAAGGCCUCUUCGUCAAACUGAGGAACUGCAGACGCGACUCCAGGUUUCCGGAACCUGAACUGCCCAUCAAUCAGGUCGAUCGAUGCAACUCAAUUGCGUUUGCUAACUGGAGCAGUAAGCGUGUGGAGGAUCACACGCCUCCGCUGUCGGGUCCAGACGCCCGUCUGACAUACGAGGGCUUCAAGAAAGGCAUUCAGGGACACCUGAACUCCUGCUACCUGGACGCGUCUCUCUUCAGUAUAUUCUCGUGCUGCAGCUCGUUCGAUUGGCUGUUGUUUUGGCCGUCUGGUCCUCAGAACAAUCCCAUCAGUCACAGCGCUCAGGAUCUGCUGCGCUGCGAGAUCGUCAAUCCUCUGCGCCGGUACGGAUAUGUGUGUGCCAGUAAAACCAUGGCUUUACGCAAACUACUUAAAGAAGAAACCGCCGAUUCAGGAUUUACCAAUGAGGAGAAAGAUCCAGAGGAAUUCCUCAACCAGCUUUUCCUGCUUCUCCAGGUUGAACCGCUUCUGAAGAUCAGGUCUGUGAGUCAGAAGGCGCAGGAGUGUUUCAUCUAUCAGCUCUUUCCUCCGUCUGUUUCUCCGUCGUCUCCUCUGGUUUCUCCCGCUUCUCCUGGUCUGUCUCCGGUCUUGUCUCCGUCUGCGGGGCUCCUGCGUGUGUCCAGCGUUCAGGCGUUACUCGAAUCCUCCUUCAUGCACUCGGGACUCAAGCUCACAGAGGCUCCGUCGUGUUUGCCGCUCCUCAUGCCCAGAUUCGGCAAAGAGUUCAAGAUGUUUGACGCCAUCCUGCCCUCGCUGAGCCUCGACAUCACCGACCUGCUGGACGAGACUCUGCGUCAGUGCAGUAUCUGUCAGUCGGUGGCGCAGUGGGAGUGUCUGCAGUGUUACGAGGAUGUUGACAUCACACCUGGACAAUUAAAACAGUACUGCAACACCUGUAACACACAGGUUCACACACAUAAGAAGCGUCAGACGCACAGGCCGGUGGAGGUGCGGGUGCCGCGGGGCUGCUGGGAAGGGCCGGUUCACGGGGCCCGUCAGCUGAUGGAUCUGUUCGCCGUCACCUGCAUCGAGACGAGCCACUACGUGAGCUUCGUCAAACACGGACCCCAACCCACCGACUGGCUCUUCUUCGACAGCAUGGCUGACAGAGAGGGAGGAGAGAACGGCUUUAACGUGCCGCAGGUUCGAGCAUGUCCGGAGGUCGGCCGUUAUCUGAGUCUGUCCGUGGAUGAAAUCGCUCGUCUGGACGUGGCGUCGCUCAGAGAUCCCGUCCGCCGCCUACUGUGUGACGCCUACAUGUGUCUCUACCACUGUCCACAGCUCUCUCUCUACAAAUAACACAACAUGUGUGUGUGUGUGUGUGUGUGUGUGUGUGUGUGUGUGUCAGUGCAGCACAGGAGGAAAGUGUGCGAUUGUAAAUAGUUAUUUUUAAGAGAUUUUUUAACAGAACGCAUUGCAUGUUUAUGUAUGUUUACAAAUGCACAUUUUAAUUUUAUAAAAAGAAACAUGACCUGUAUGCUAAUGCGUGUUUUGUUGCGUUUUAUUUCUUCUGAUGGGCAUCAAAAUAACCUUAAAAUCAAAGACAGUAUUUAUGGGCAAUUACAGUCAAACAAACAUUAUAAUGUUUUGCUGUUUAAAAUAAAUAUUUAGAUUUGGAGAGAAAUUAUUUAUGGACAAACAUCACAAUGUCACUCACAAAUAAUCAGUAAUACUCAUAAAGUAUUGUUCUUAUUUA